CUCCAGGGAUAUCGCCGUUAGUCGCUCUGUUGACAUCAACAAAUCUAACGAAUCUAACCAAAUCUCAGUGGGUCAUCGUUCCAAAACACCCACGAUCUCCAUCUACUCAUCAACUAAGAGGUUUCAAAUCCGGGUAACAGAAAAUCAGGAAGAGUUUCUUGGAACAUCCGGCGGGUGUUUCGUGGUGUUCAGGUGCCGACUGUCAAUCAAGUGCACAUACGCGUGCAUCAAGAUGCCCUUUUCCCCCUACUUGGGCGUGGCCACAGUGCUGGCCGGGCUGUGUCUAGUGCUUGUGUGUGACGCGGAACCCCACAGCCACCUUAACUGGCUGAGGAUGUCUUCACUCCGCAAGAAACGCCAGGCGCAGUCGUCAAACACGGCACCAGCCAUCACAAGCCCCUCCUACACCACCUGGCUGGCAGGAACAAGGGCCGGGACUACAAACACUCUUGGAUACGACAGGGACACGUCCACCAACUCAACCUACACAUGUGAUCGAGUAUAUCGUACAACGUCAGGGAUUUUGGAUUCUUACUCUGUGUCAAGAGUUGCACUCGCACAAGACAUGGACUGUGAAUACAUCGUUCGUCCCCCGUACUACCCCUUCCUCAUGACAAUGUACUUCAGUCCAUUCUUUAUGCCGUACAACUUCACGGACAACAACGGCACGUGUUCUGGCAGCUAUGUGGAGAUCAACGGCACACAGUAUUGCGGAACUGUUUAUGGCCAGUAUAACUUCUCAUCAGAGGAACCUGAGCUGCCUGUGCGGUAUCAUCACUCUGUUACUCCAGUCGGAGGGAGGAGGGAAGUCUUUCACAUCUACUACAACACAAGGCCCGUUUCAUGUAAUAUAACGCUGACCGACACUGCGGGCUACAUCAACAGCUACUCUGGUCAUGGCUAUGCGUCAGUGUACAGGCAUUCCUACAACGACGGCACUCACUGCAUCUUCACAAUAAAUGUGGACGACGUUGUGGGUCAGACAAUUGUCUUUAGUCUCAAUCAGUUCCACCUGGAGGACCCUGACAACAUCACAUCUGUCUGUAAUGACUAUGUGGAUAUGAAUGGCGAAGAGAGACUGUGUGGAUACCAAUACGGGACUCGAAGUUUCAACUUUGAUGGUACUUUUGUCGUAACCUUCACCAGUGACAAUAGUCAGACAAACAUGGGCUUCAACAUCCAUUACAACAUCGUGCCAGCUGGAUGCCUGGUCACGCACAACACCACUGAAGGCACUCUCAUCAGCCCCGUGACAAGCAGUGGUCUGUACCACAACAACCUUGACUGCCGAUACAUCAUUUUAACAUCAUAUACACGGACCAAGGUCAUGGUCACCAUCAAUGCUUUCGACCUCGAAUCCCCAUCGUACAGUUCGAGCUACUGUUACAACGACUAUGUAACCUAUUCAGACGGGUCCUACACUUCCGGGAGAUACUGUGGUGUCAUCGCUGCAGGAACCACGUUUACUUGGUUCACGAAUGCGAGACAAUUCGACUUUGUCUUUCAUACAAACAACGAGAUCAGCAGACAAGGUUUCAAUGCGUCCUACAAGAUUGAGGAAGAUAUUUGCGAUGAGCUAUUUACCGACUCUAAUGGCACAAUAAGGAGUCCCGUAUACAGUACAGGUCUCUACAGACGUAAUCUGAACUGCACCUAUAUCAUCAGACCUCCAACACAGGGUCCUUACAGGUUCAAUCUGACGUACUCUCAGUUUGAUCUUCAGAGGACGUACUACAACUCCUCAUCUUACAGUCUGAGUACAUCAUGUAGCUACGACUACGUGGAGACCAGGUUCUCAGGACUCACCGGCACCAGCAGAUUGUGUGGCAGAAUGAGCUCACCAAGAACGUACUUCUACAACAGUAUGAAUGGAGGAAUAGUCAUCAAUUUUGUGACAAACAGCAACAUUGAGAGAAGGGGGUUUGUGCUGAACUAUUCAUAUGACGAAAACAGCUGUUACCAGGUCCUGACAGAUGCUGAUGGACAGAUUCAGGUCCCUGAUGAUGGCAGCGCCACCUACUUACCUAACCUCGACUGUCUGUUCACCAUCAGACCUCCAGCAGGUCGGCUGUGGGUUGUUAACAUCACUCUGGAGGAGUUCGACGUGCAGAGAUAUUAUUCUUAUUACAGUAACAGUUUCUCCACCUCCUGCAGCAAGGAUUACAUACAGAUGCUCUACGAUGGCUAUUCUUCCUCCAGGAUGUGCGGAACAAGGACUUCACCCAAAUCUUACAUAUACAACAUCUAUGACAGUGAUGUGAAUAUCACUUUCCACAGUGAUGCCUCCGUUCAGAGGAAUGGUUUCAACAUAUCUUUCUCCUACACUGAAAACACCUGUGUGACGGACCUCGACCAGAAUACUGGUACAAUCCGCAGCCCUGUGACUGAGGGUGGGGUGACCUACCCAACAGACACCUUGUGUAUUUACUACCUGGACCUGGGAGAUGCCCUCAAGACUGUUACUUUCACAGUCAGGGUCUUUGAUGUAAACUGUGGUGAUUAUUUCAUCGUUAACGGACAGCGUUUCUGUGGAAACAGAUUGACCCAGACUACAUUCCAUAUGACAGGGAGGGUCAACAUGACCUUCUUGUCCAAUAGUUACAGCACAGGACGAGGAGUGGAUGUCGACUACCUUGUAACUAACUACACAUGUGAUCGAGUAUAUCGUUCAACGUCAGGGAAUUUGGAUUCCUACACUGUAUCAAGAGUUCCUCUUGCACACGAAAUGGACUGUGAAUACAUCAUUCGUCCCCCCUACUACCCAUUCAUCUUGACAAUGUACUUCAGUCCCUUCUAUAUGCCUUACAACUUUAUGAGCAGCAACGGCACGUGUUCUGGCAGCUAUGUGGAGAUCGACGGCAUACAGUACUGUGGAACCGUUUAUGGCCAGUAUAACUUCUCAUCCGAGGAGCCUGAGCUGCCUGUGAGGUACCAUCACUCUGUUAAUUCAGUCACAGGGAGGAGGGAAGUCUUUCACAUCUACUACAACACAAGGCCCGUUUCAUGUAAUAUAACGCUGACCGACACUGCGGGCUACAUCAACAGCUACUCUGGUUAUAGCUAUGAAUCAGUGUACAGGCGUUCCUACAACGGUGGCACUCACUGCAUCUUCACAAUAAAUGUGGACGACGUAGUGGGUCAGACAAUUGUCUUUAGUCUCAAUCAGUUCCACCUGGAGGACCCUGACAACAGCACAUCUGUCUGUAAUGACUAUGUUGAUAUGAAUGGCGAAGAGAGACUGUGUGGAUACCAAUACGGGACUCGCAGCUUCAACUUUGACGGUACAUUUGUCGUGACCUUCAUCAGUGACAAUAAUCAGACAAACGUGGGCUUCAACAUCCGUUACGACAUCGUGCCAGCUGGAUGCCUGGUAACGUACAACACCACUGAAGGCACUCUCAUCAGCCCCUUGGCAAGCAGUGGUCUGUACCACAACAACCUUGACUGCCGAUACACCAUGUUCACAUCCUACACCCAGACUAAGGUCACGGUCACCGUCAAUGCUUUCGACCUUGAAUCCCCAUCGUACAGUUCGAGCAGCUGUUACAACGACUACAUAUACUUCUCAGACGGGUCCUACACUUCCGGGAGGUACUGUGGUGCCAUCGCUGCAGGAACCAUGUUUACUUGGUACACGAAUGCGAGACAAUUCGACUUUGUCUUUCAUACAAACAACGAGAUCAGCAGACAAGGUUUCAAUGCGUCCUACAAGAUUGAAGAAGAUAUUUGCGAUGAGCUAUUUACCGACUCUAAUGGCACAAUAAGGAGUCCCGUAUACAGUACAGGUCUCUACAGACGUAAUCUGAACUGCACUUAUAUCAUCAGACCUCCAACACAGGGUCCUUACAGGUUCAAUCUGACGUACUCUCAGUUUGACGUUCAGAGGAUGUACUACAACUCCUCAUCUUACAGUCUGAGUACAUCAUGUAGCUACGACUUCGUGGAGACCAAGUUCUCGGGACUCACCGGCAACAGCAGAUUGUGUGGCAGGAUGAGAUCACCAAGAACGUACUUCUAUAACAGUAUGAAUGGAGAUGUAGUCAUCAAAUUUGUGACAAACGGCAACAUUGAGAGAAGGGGGUUUGUGCUGAACUAUUCAUACGACGAAAACAGCUGUUACCAGGUCCUGACAGAUGCUGAUGGACAGAUUCAGGUCCCUGAUGAUGGCAGCGCCACCUACUUACCUAACCUCGACUGUCUGUUCACCAUCAGGCCUCCAGCAGGUCGGCUGUGGGUUGUUAACAUCACUCUGGAGGAGUUCGACGUGCAGAGAUAUUAUUCUUAUUACAGUAACAGUUUCUCCACCUCCUGCAGCAAGGAUUACAUACAGAUGCUCUACGAUGGCUAUUCUUCCUCCAGGAUGUGCGGAACAAGGACUUCACCAAAAUCUUACAUAUACAACAUCUAUGACAGUGAUGUGAAUAUCACUUUCCACAGUGAUGCCUCCGUUCAGAGGAAUGGUUUCAACAUAUCUUUCUCCUACACUGAAAACACCUGUGUGACGGACCUCGACCAGAAUACUGGUACAAUCCGCAGCCCUGUGACUGAGGGUGGGGUGACCUACCCAACAGACACCUUGUGUAUUUACUACCUGGACCUGGGAGAUGCCCUCAAGACUGUUACUUUCACAGUCAGGGUCUUUGAUGUAAACUGUGGUGAUUAUUUCAUCGUUAACGGACAGCGUUUCUGUGGAAACAGAUUGACCCAGACUACAUUCCAUAUGACAGGGAGGGUCAACAUGACCUUCUUGUCCAAUAGUUACAGCACAGGACGAGGAGUGGAUGUCGACUACCUUGUAACUAACUACACAUGUGAUCGAGUAUAUCGUUCAACGUCAGGGAAUUUGGAUUCCUACACUGUAUCAAGAGUUCCUCUUGCACACGAAAUGGACUGUGAAUACAUCAUUCGUCCCCCCUACUACCCAUUCAUCUUGACAAUGUACUUCAGUCCCUUCUAUAUGCCUUACAACUUUAUGAGCAGCAACGGCACGUGUUCUGGCAGCUAUGUGGAGAUCGACGGCAUACAGUACUGUGGAACCGUUUAUGGCCAGUAUAACUUCUCAUCCGAGGAGCCUGAGCUGCCUGUGAGGUAUCAUCACUCUGUUAAUUCAGUCACAGGGAGGAGGGAAGUCUUUCACAUCUACUACAACACAAGGCCCGUUUCAUGUAAUAUAACGCUGACCGACACUGCGGGCUACAUCAACAGCUACUCUGGUUAUGGCUAUGCGUCAGUGUACAGGCGUUCCUACAACGACGGCACUCACUGCAUCUUCACAAUAAAGGGGGAUGACGAUGUGGGUCAGACAAUUGUCUUUAGUCUCAAUCAGUUCCACCUGGAGGACCCUGACAACAGCACAUCUGUCUGUAAUGACUAUGUGGAUAUGAAUGGCGAAGAGAGACUGUGUGGAUACCAAUACGGGACUCGCAGCUUCAACUUUGACGGUACGUUUGUCGUGACCUUCAUCAGUGACAAUAAUCAGACAAACGUGGGCUUCAACAUCCGUUACAAGAUCGUGCCAGCUGGAUGCCUGGUAACGUACAACACCACUGAAGGCACUCUCAUCAGCCCCUUGGCAAGCAGUGGUCUGUACCACAACAACCUUGACUGCCGAUACACCAUGUUCACAUCCUACACCCAGACUAAGGUCACGGUCACCGUCAAUGCUUUCGACCUUGAAUCCCCAUCGUACAGUUCGAGCAACUGUUACAACGACUACAUAUUCUUCUCAGGCGGGUCCUACACUUCCGGGAGGUACUGUGGUGCCAUCGCUGCAGGAACCAUGUUUACUUGGUACACGAAUGCGAGACAAUUCGACUUUGUCUUUCAUACAAACAACGAGAUCAGCAGACAAGGUUUCAAUGCGUCCUACAAGAUUGAAGAAGAUAUUUGCGAUGAGCUAUUUACCGACUCUAAUGGCACAAUAAGGAGUCCCGUAUACAGUACAGGUCUCUACAGACGUAAUCUGAACUGCACCUAUAUCAUCAGACCUCCAACACAGGGUCCUUACAGGUUCAAUCUGACGUACUCUCAGUUUGACGUUCAGAGGAUGUACUACAACUCCUCAUCUUACAGUCUGAGUACAUCAUGUAGCUACGACUUCGUGGAGACCAAGUUCUCGGGACUCACCGGCAACAGCAGAUUGUGUGGCAGGAUGAGAUCACCAAGAACGUACUUCUAUAACAGUAUGAAUGGAGAUGUAGUCAUCAAAUUUGUGACAAACGGCAACAUUGAGAGAAGGGGGUUUGUGCUGAACUAUUCAUACGACGAAAACAGCUGUUACCAGGUCCUGACAGAUGCUGAUGGACAGAUUCAGGUCCCUGAUGAUGGCAGCGCCACCUACUUACCUAACCUCGACUGUCUGUUCACCAUCAGGCCUCCAGCAGGUCGGCUGUGGGUUGUUAACAUCACUCUGGAGGAGUUCGACGUGCAGAGAUAUUAUUCUUAUUACAGUAACAGUUUCUCCACCUCCUGCAGCAAGGAUUACAUACAGAUGCUCUACGAUGGCUAUUCUUCCUCCAGGAUGUGCGGAACAAGGACUUCACCAAAAUCUUACAUAUACAACAUCUAUGACAGUGAUGUGAAUAUCACUUUCCACAGUGAUGACUCCGUUCAGAGGAAUGGUUUCAACAUAUCUUUCUCCUACACUGAAAACACCUGUGUGACGGACCUCGACCAGAAUACUGGUACAAUCCGCAGCCCUGUGACUGAGGGUGGGGUGACCUACCCAACAGACACCUUGUGUAUUUACUACCUGGACCUGGGAGAUGCCCUCAAGACUGUUACUUUCACAGUCAGGGUCUUUGAUGUAAACUGUGGUGAUUAUUUCAUCGUUAACGGACAGCGUUUCUGUGGAAACAGAUUGACCCAGACUACAUUCCAUAUGACAGGGAGGGUCAACAUGACCUUCUUGUCCAAUAGUUACAGCACAGGACGAGGAGUGGAUGUCGACUACCUUGUAACUAACUACACAUGUGAUCGAGUAUAUCGUUCAACGUCAGGGAAUUUGGAUUCCUACACUGUAUCAAGAGUUCCUCUUGCACACGAAAUGGACUGUGAAUACAUCAUUCGUCCCCCCUACUACCCAUUCAUCUUGACAAUGUUCUUCAGUCCCUUCUAUAUGCCUUACAACUUUAUGAGCAGCAACGGCACGUGUUCUGGCAGCUAUGUGGAGAUCGACGGCAUACAGUACUGUGGAACCGUUUAUGGCCAGUAUAACUUCUCAUCCGAGGAGCCUGAGCUGCCUGUGAGGUAUCAUCACUCUGUUAAUUCAGUCACAGGGAGGAGGGAAGUCUUUCACAUCUACUACAACACAAGGCCCGUUUCAUGUAAUAUAACGCUGACCGACACUGCGGGCUACAUCAACAGCUACUCUGGUUAUGACUAUGCGUCAGUGUACAGGCGUUCCUACAACGACGGCACUCACUGCAUCUUCACAAUAAAGGGGGAUGACGAUGUGGGUCAGACAAUUGUCUUUAGUCUCAAUCAGUUCCACCUGGAGGACCCUGACAACAGCACAUCUGUCUGUAAUGACUAUGUGGAUAUGAAUGGCGAAGAGAGACUGUGUGGAUACCAAUACGGGACUCGCAGCUUCAACUUUGACGGUACGUUUGUCGUGACCUUCAUCAGUGACAAUAAUCAGACAAACGUGGGCUUCAACAUCCGUUACAAGAUCGUGCCAGCUGGAUGCCUGGUAACGUACAACACCACUGAAGGCACUCUCAUCAGCCCCUUGGCAAGCAGUGGUCUGUACCACAACAACCUUGACUGCCGAUACACCAUGUUCACAUCCUACACCCAGACUAAGGUCACGGUCACCGUCAAUGCUUUCGACCUUGAAUCUCCAUCGUACAGUUCGAGCAACUGUUACAACGACUACAUAUUCUUCACAGACGGGUCCUACAUUUCCGGGAGGUAUUGUGGUGCCAUCGCUGCAGGAACCAGGUUUACCUGGUACACAAAUGCGAGACAAUUCGACUUGAUCCUUCAUACAAACAGUGAGAUCAGCAGACAAGGUUUCAAUAUGUCGUACAGGGUUGAAGAAGAUCUUUGCGAUGAGCUAUUUACCGACUCUAAUGGCACAAUAAGGAGUCCCGUCUACAGUACAGGUCUCUACAGAAAUAAUCUGAACUGCACCUAUAUCAUCAGACCUCCAACACAGGGUCCAUACAGGUUCACUCUGACGUACUCUCAGUUUGACGUUCAGAGGACGUACUACAACUCCUCAUCUUACAGUCUGAGUACAUCAUGUAGCUACGACUUCGUGGAGACCAAGUUCUCAGGACUCACCGGCACCAGCAGAUUGUGUGGCAGGAUGAGAUCACCAAGAACGUACUUCUAUAAUGCUUUUGGAGGUGAUUUUGUCAUCAAUUUCGUCACUGAUAGAUCUAUACUAAGACGAGGAUUUGUGAUGGUUUAUGCAUAUGAACAAAACAGCUGUGUCCAGGUCCUGACAGAUGCUGCAGGGCAGAUUCAGGUCCCUGACGAUGGCAGCGCAACCUACUCACCUAACCUCGACUGUCUGUUCACCAUCAGGCCUCCAGCAGGUGGGGCGUGGGCUGUUAACAUUACACUGGAGGAGUUCGACGUACAGAGAUAUUAUUCCUCCUACAGUAACAGUUUCUCCACCUCCUGCAGCAUGGACUAUGUCCAGGUCCUCUACGACGGCUAUUCUUCCUCCAGGAUGUGCGGAACGAGGAUUUCACCUAUAUCUUACAUACAUAACAUCGUUGAUGGGGAUCUGAACAUCACUUUCCACAGUGACAGUUCCACCCAGAAGAGGGGAGUUCGGAUUAGAUACUCCUACACAGAAAAUAUUUGUGACUACGUAUUCACCGACAGCCACGGUGUGAUCGAGAGUCCAAAUGGCGGUAAUUACUACUACCAGAGCAACACGUUGUGCAGGUACACAAUUAUAGGCGGGAACGACCUCUACACCAUUUUCUACAACAUCUCCUACUUCGAAUUAUACUAUUCAAGGGGUUGUAGUGGCGACUAUCUUCAAUUCCCGGAUGGACAGCGGUAUUGCGGGACCUACAUGAGAAACAUAUCAUAUUCUACAGUAGGCAACACCAGUUUGACCUUCCGAUCAGAUGCAUCAUAUUCCCGUCGAGGUUUCCGACUUCAUUACAAGGUGCUCCCGUUCAACUGCUCCCGGGUUUACACAGAGCAGGGUGGCAUGAUUUCCGACCCUGACCUUUCUGGCGUGGACUUCAGUGGAGACAUCAGAUGUGACUACACAUUCCUUGUGCCCUUCUACCCUUUCAUUGUAACCUUCACCCCCCUCCAGUUUGGGCUCCAGGACGCGGGCACAGACGGCGUGUGCACCACAGAGUAUGUCAGUCAGGACGGGGAUCGAUUCUGUGGCCAGCGCAAUGAAUCGUGGCAAGCAAUUUCAGAAGACAACACAAUGGAACUGCAUUACUUCAGCACUGGCGCCGUGAGGGGAAACUACUCCGUGUUAUAUCGCGUGACUCCAGGAAUGUGCAACAUGACCUACACGGGCCGAUCUGGUAGCAUCAGUGGCAAUAUGUCCAGCGAUAGCAGCAACUCCACAUGUUACUUCAGGAUACAGAACAACAUGGCGGCAUCACAGAUACACAUCCGAUUGGUCUCAGAUGCUGAAUGUAACUACCUAGACUUUGAUGGCCUUGAGAGGAGAUGUGGCGAUAAUGGAACAAGUGGCACAGAGAUAUCAUAUGCCUAUGAUGGCGACUUUCAGAUAACUUUGUUCCAUGCGCCUGAUAUGGAGGCACCGUCGUUCCAAUUGUACUACAAUAUUGUUCCGGAAAACUGCAUCCAACGAUUCACAACGGACACGGGAUCAUUUGCAAGUCCAGCUGAUACUGACGGCAACUACGUAAACGAUCUUGCGUGCACCUACACCAUCAGUGGCGGUAGUUCCCCCUACGUCCUCCUUCUCAACUUUGUUUCCCUCGACCUUCAAUACUCCUCCUACUGCAACAAUGACUACGUCCGAUUCAGCUACAGGGGCUCCUCUGGUUACACUACCACCACUUCAAGAUACUGUACAGGGCCUCGCUCACUCAGGUAUUCUGUGUCGAGUGGGGAUUUCAAGGUAUCUUUUGUAACGGACUCUCGUGAAGUAAGGAGUGGAUUCAAUGUAACAUACGUCAAAACACCAGUCAGCUGUAACCUGACCCACACGGCCGACGAGGGCACUAUAGAGAGCACCCCUGGAGAUGGCUCCUACUACCCUAACAACGCCUACUGUACGUACACUGUACAGGGGAACUCCAGCCUGCAGGCUCUGCAGCUCACUGUACAGACCUUCUCCCUUGAGGAUCACUCCAGCUGCUACUACGACUCGCUCCAGUUCGGCUCAACUUCCAGCAGGAAAUACUGCGGGAGCUCUCUGUACGCCGGCAGGGUUCUCACGUAUACGUUCAGGAACAACUUCAUCUUGUACUUCAAGACAGACGGUAGCGUCACAAGGAGGGGAUUCGUCAUCAACUACAGGAAGGAGCCAUAUGUUCCCACAACCGCUUCAACAACUACAACAACAACAGCACCGCCAACACCCAACUGUAAUGAGACGUUCACCGCAUCCAGCGGCCAGCUUCGUAGUCCAAACUCCCCCCGCAAGUACCCCAACAACAUCUACUGCCGCUACACGUUUGUGGGAAGUGGACAGACCCAGUCUAUAACACUGGAUUUCAGCAGCUUUGCUGUGGAAAACCAUGCCAGCUGUAGAUGGGAUUGGGUCAUCAUCAGUGGCGGGAACAAGAGGUGUGGCUUCACGGAAUUCAGCAGUACAUAUACAUUUGUUGGGAACUUUACGGUGGAAUUCCGUACAGAUGGAAGUGUCACCUACAGUGGCUUUGUGGCUAACUACGUUGUUAGUGGCGCUGUGAACGCCACCACGCCCACUCCCAGCAGUACAGCGACAUGCACAGCAACCUUGUCGUCAUUAUCUGGCAGCUUCAUGAGCGCCCCAGGUGACGGCAGCAACUACUUGGACAACACCCGGUGCUACUACACCUUCACAGCGACAUCCUACCCGAGAACCAUUACCUUCACCUUCACAACCUUCCAGCUGGAGAGUCAUUCCUUCUGCGGAUAUGACUACCUCCAGUUUAACAGCGGCUUGAAGAAAUGUGGAACUAUCUCCAAUCUCGUGUAUACUGACACGAUGAACGGCCAGUAUCGUGUCACCUUCUACACUGACGGAUCAGUCACACGCCGUGGCUUCGUGGCCUUCUACCAGAUCAGCGACGCGAGUGACGUGCAAAACACAACUUCAAACCCCAUUGGGCUGGCGUCAAACAACGCGAGUGACGUGCAAAACACAACUUCAAACCCCAUUGGGCUGGCGUCAAACAACGGUGCCUGUGGCACAACGCUGACAUCUUCAACGGGGCGCAUCUACUACCCAACUACCGCCAGUUACACCAACAACGUCCGUUGCCAGGUGACUAUCAGACCUGGGGCUGGACAGACAUUCAACGUCACCUUCACAGACUUCGACCUCGAGUAUCAAUCUUCCUGCAACUACGACUCUCUACAGUUCCAGAUGUACGGGGUCACCUCUACGAAGAACUGCGGUCGCAACAGAGCAGGUCUCACUCUGAGCUUCCCCUACACCAGCGGUGACAUCGUGGUGAAUUUCAGGAGUGAUGGCAGCGUCACAGGAAGAGGCUUUGAUCUCAACUAUCAAGUGACCUAGGGACAAGCAUGCCUUUCCUGCCUGAUGUCUGUAUCUGCUGAAGCCCUGUCUUACUUGACCAUUGAUGAGACGAGUCAGCCAUCCAAUGUAGACACCAUUAACACCUGUCUGGUGGCAUAUUUCACAUGGAAAUAAUUAAUAUUUAAUCAGAAAUCCAUAUAUCGAUAGUGCCUGAAGCUUAGUUUUGUCACAGUUAUUGUUUUAUCCAUGCAUGUUUACUGUUGUUUUUCUUCUUUUUGAUAGUUAAUGUUUUGUCUUUGAUUUAUUGUAGCACAAGUGUUUUCACUUUGUUUUAGUAUGUAUAUUGUUAGGAUAUUUGUAGUAUACUUUUUGUGUUUGUUUUACUAUCUCUUAAAAAAUAUUUCACAUAAAGGAUUCCCAUGCAUAUCCCUUUGUUACCCAACUUACAUUUUGCAUUAUGCACUGUGUAAUAAUUAGGCAGUGAUUUGAUAUAUUGUUUAGUUUAGAAUUUUAUCGAGUUAUCACCUGUGUAAUGAAUCCCAUUAUAUGUUCCAUAGCACAGAACAUAUAAAUAGAGAUUACGAUACGGGUAUGAAUAUCGAAUGACGUCAACAUUCUUCAGCUAUGGCGUCAUAUCUAUUGUGACGUCAUUACCACCUUACGUCACAAUGAGAUCAAAUGAUUCCGGACGACGUAAACAAUACACCGGCGUGUGUGAAGUGAUAUUUGCCCAAUUAACUUGGUUACCUAUUACUCUAUGGAUAAUAAAUAGUAUAGUUAUAGGUGCAACCACACGCGCACACAAUGAUAAGGAGGGAGAGACAUGCAAAAUGCUUAAGUAUCCUGGGAGAUAAUGGUAACGCCAACAUUCCCCUCCACAUUCAAUUGGACAUUUUUUCACUUUAUUUUAGUCUCAAAUCAAUACAAUGUUUUCGCAAAUGACCAGCUGUAAACACUGGAGAUCUUUGCAUCCUAUACAUUUUAGGAUUCUUAUAUUCUGCUUUUGAAGUGCUGUACUGUACGUCUAUUUCCUUGUUGUGAGCAACAUCUUAGUUUAUACUAUUGUUAGUUAAUACGACUAAACGUUUUGUCAUGCACGCUUUAGAAAUAAAAUUGCAAGAAUUAAAUGCAA